UCCCUAUAAAUACCCUUCACCCAUAUAGGCUAUAGCAACGAAAACCCCACAAACUCAGCCAAUUCAGCGACGGAGAACAAAACAUACCAAUGACGACGGCGGCAGCAUCUUUAGCGACGACAGCAUGGAUGGUGAUGGCAAUACUGAUAAUGGGACCUUCGCCAACAACGGCAGAGGAAGGGCAGACGCUGACCGACAAGACGACGGUGCAAAUAACCAACGGGCUCAAAGUGCAGCUGACAGCGCACUGCAAGUCCAAAGACGACGACAUCGGAGAGAAAUCGCUGGCGUUUGAUGAUUCCUUCGGCUGGACUUUCUACCCCAAUUAUAUCCCGAACACGCUGUUCUUCUGUUCGUUUGAGUGGGACGGCAGCGGUGGCAAGAAGUACUUCGACAUCUACGACGCGAAGAGGGACGAGCAGCGGUGCACCGACUGCAAGUGGGCCAUUUUCCACAACGGGCCUUGUUUUUAUGACGAAAAAGCCAAACUUUAUGACGAUUGUUACCCCUUUAAUGACAGUUAGAUUGCUACCUAGUGUUUGUACUGUUUCGUGAUUAAAUAAGGUAGUAAGAUUAGUUGUGACUUGUGAAGGUGCGUCUGGAUAUUAGUGAGGAUAAUGAGAAUUCGCUUAGUGCAUCUCAUCCGUGAAAAAGAAAUGAAUUGAUAGAGUCAGA